GCUGAUUGGCUGCCGCGUUAUCUGAGGUCUGUAGCGGCAGAUGGGGUAUUCCUCCUCCUCCUCCUCCUCCUCCUCAAACGCCCCCCUCGAACUGCGAUUGUUCCCGACGCGAGCGCACAAGCCCGGUCCGAGUUGGAGCGAGCGAAGCGUCGGCUCGGUUCGCAGCAUCGCCGGUGGUGCAUGUGUUCGGUUUCGUGUCGUCUGGAGACGCAGAAGCGCGGAUAAGAUUCGGGAGGCUUCAGCGCGUGACCUGAUCUGGUCGUCGUGACUUCGGGCAUCUGGAGAGCAGAGAUCCACGAGAGAGAGGGAGUCCUUCCAUGCAGUCGUGGCUGGGAUAAAAUGGAUGACAGGAAUGAUGGUGUGCGGGUUGGAGAGAACAAAUACAUCAGCAAGAGAAGCAUUCUCUCUCAUUUAAAGACCUACAAUCUGUACUAUGAAGGAAAGACCCUGCAGCUACGCCACAGAGAGGAAGAGGAGGAGCUGAUCAUAGAAGGACUUCUCAAUAUCUCCUGGGGUUUGCGUCGACCAAUCAGGCUUCAGAUGCAGGAUGACCACGAGCGAAUCAGACCUCCUCCCUCCUCUACCUCCUGGCACUCAGGGUGUAACCUUGACAACCAGAGUCAGGAGGGUCAAAAACAGACUCCUCAGACUCCACCUCAGAUGGAAGUGACGCCUCCCGAGGACCAAUCGAGCAACGGCACAACGCAAGACCACGAAGAAGAAGAAGAAGAGUCGUGUGACGUCUCCGCUCAGCUUCUUCGAACCAAAAGCGAUGCCGGUGUUCUGAGACGGGGCAGGAGACGGUCUCCCAGCGACCAGCGGCGAAUCAGAAGGCACCGGUUUUCCAUCAACGGUCACUUCUACAACCAUAAGACGGCUGUGUUCACUCCUGCGUACGGUUCUGUAACUAACGUCCGGAUCAACAGCUGCAUGACCACGCCACAGGUGCUGCGGGUCUUACUGAAUAAGUUUAAGAUCGAGAACAGCCCGGAUGAGUUCGCCCUCUACCUCGUUCAUGCCAGCGGAGAGCGUGUUCAGCUGAAGCGUACAGACUACCCGUUAGUAGUGAGAAUACUUCAGGGACCGUGUGAGCACGUCUGCAAGAUCUUUCUCAUGGAGCAGGAUCUGGGAGAGGAGAUUCCCUAUGAGGUGGCGCAGUACAUCAAAUUUGAGAUGCCCGUCCUGCAGAGUUUUAUUACCAAACUGAAGGAAGAGGAGGACAGGGAGGUGCAGAAGCUGAGAAGCAGGUACAAGUAUCUGCGGUGUAUCAUGGAGAAGCAGCUCCAGUGUUUACCAGAAGGCUCCACCUGUAUGUGACGAGCACAUUCCCCUCUUCAUCGGUCGGUGGACUUCCAGACACAGUUUCAUCAGUCCUAAAUGAUUGUUAACCACUAAUAUGCAUUGAUAUUUUCUGACCAGUGAAGACGGAUGGUACACUCUUUGUAUAUUUUCCUCUGGUGCUGUAGGGAAUCACAUGCAGGUACAAUAAUAUAAAAGCACAUUCCACUAAACCAGGGAAUUUCAUCCUCCAGUGAUCACUGGAAAGAGCAAUUAUAAAGACAAGCACAAAGUAACAAAAGAUAAACGCUUACAACUUUAGUGUUAUUUGUUUUGGUUUGAGGCUGACGAGUGACUGAUCACUAUAUGUGUUGGAUGUUUUUGAGAAUAUAUGCGCUCUGAGCCAAACUGUUGUACCAUUGCAGUCUGAUUACAACUCCAUUAGACCAACGUCUGUUUUAGACAGUGAUUACAAAUCUCUUUGUAUCAGAACGGCAAGGAAAGAAGUGAAAGACUGUGAACUUAAAGGAUGACUGAAACGGGGUGAAGCAGCACAAGGGAUCGUAGCGUCUGAAUAACUGAAUGUUUUUUGGGAUGUUUGAGUGAGCUAGUAUGACUAGUAUGCAUGUUUGGGCACCCGAAGAGGAAGGACAGCAUGGCUGUAGUUGAGAAAGAGCUUCAUGUUUUUCUUUUACUCUUAUUUACCCCUAUGUCUGGCCUCUGUGUUGUCAUACUUCUGAUAUUUCAUCUGGCAUGUGUUUAUAUGAUACUGAUUGUAAAACUGAGAAUAUGGUGAUAAUUAUAUUUAAAUAAAAUGUUAUCAUCAGAAAA